AUGAUGAACUAGACAACAUUGCACUGCUCCAAGAUGCUGUGCCACAGUUGGAAUCACUCUUCAAUAUUAGUCACUGUAUAGGACAUGGCACCUUCAGUUCUGUGUACUUGGCUCGUACCAAACAUACUACAACCAUCAAUGGGCGUCGCCAUUUUGCCAUCAAGCACAUCAUUCCUACCUCCCAUCCAUCUCGUGUUUUCAUGGAGCUUAGGUGCCUCAAAUUGAUAGGGUAA